GUUGAGUAGCAGUGAAGAGGAUUCUGUGAGAAUCAAUUCUGCUGAGGAAAUUUAUUUAUGAUUCUCACAACAAGGAGGCUGGGUGGAGCCACAACAGAAAAUUACCAAACUUCAACAAUUGCUUAAGAAUUGGCCAAUAUUUUCAUUUCGGAAAUGAAACUAGCACAGCACUGUCUUGCAUUCCUUGUUUUGAUUGGAUUGGUCCUUCCAGUUCUUUCGCAGUUGUUGUUCUGCUAUUACACCAACUGGUCACAGUAUCGAAAAGGUUCAGGAAAAUUUAUUCCAAAUAAUAUCGAUCCAAGCUUAUGCACCCAUAUUCUAUUCGCUUUUGCCACAUUGAAUGGCAACCAAGUGAAAACGACAGAGUGGAAUGAUGUUGCAAUGCUUAAUGAAAUAGUUCGUCUAAAGAAACGAAACCCACAACUAAAAAUACUGCUCUCUGUGGGAGGCUGGGGUACCAAUGCCAGAAAAUUUAGCUCAAUGGCUUCCACUGCAAGGUCACGAGAAGAGUUUCUAAACAGCGCUUCAAAGUUUUUAAAUUGCUACAGCUUGGAUGGUUUAGACAUUGACUGGGAAUAUCCCGCAGCAGCAUACAGAGGUGGUUCACCAAGAGACAGAUAUAAUUUUGUUUUACUUUUACAGCUGCUCAGGCGAAGAUUAACACGCAGAUACCUAUUAACUAUUGCUGCAGCCGCAGGUAAACAAACUAUUGAUGCCGGUUAUGAUGUACACCGAAUUGCAAGGACUGUAGAUUACAUACUAUUGAUGACAUACGAUUUCCAUGGUUCAUGGGAGAAACUGACAGGACACCUCUCCCCAUUGUAUUCAAAGAAAGGAGAGGCCAAUGGAAGACAAUAUCUCAAUGUGGAUUAUGCUGUUACUUAUUGGAAGUCAAAGGGUGCUCCUGCAAACAAACUUAUUAUGGGAAUACCAUUCUACGGACGAUCAUUUACAUUAGUCGAUGGCCAGCUUAAUGGUAUGAUGGCACCAGCAGCAAGAGCAGGAAAUCCGGGAUCCAUAAUACAUUCAUCUGGCGUUAUGUCUUAUCAGGAAAUAUGCCUAGAAGAAAAAUCAUGGUCGAGACAUUGGGAUAAUGACCAUCAAGUCCCUUACCUUGUCCGAGGAAAUCAAUGGGUUGGAUAUGAAAACAGAGAGAGUGUGCGGCUGAAAGCCAAUUACCUUGUGAGCAGGAAUUUAGCUGGUGCCAUGAUUUGGUCACUGGAUUUUGACGACUUCGACAAUGCAUGUCGGCAAGGCCGCUUUCCAUUGUUAAAUACGCUAGUAUCUUCUUUGACACUCCAUAAUCGUAGGCCAACUACCUUUCGAUCCUAUACAGUCAGACCACGAGCCACUACUCCAAGAAUAUGGACACGUUCACCUAAUAUUCCACACUCUAUCUGUCCACCAAAUGUGAAUGUGAUAAUUGGUGACCCCUACAACCGCCAUGUUUUCCAUGUUUGUUACUUAGGACGUGAUUACCGCUACACAUGUCCACCAACCUUGGUUUGGGACCCACGUAUUCACGCAUGUAAUUAUGACCAUCAUUAACUCCAUUUUCCUUUUACAGAAUAAACAUGCUAUCAACAAA